GGCGGAGUCGGCGCGAGCGGCCGCCUCUCUUCUUUCCCGGAGCCUGGGCGGAGAGGGAGGAAAACUUCUUCCUGGCCUGGGCUCGGGGCCCCGCUCGGUCCGCCAGCGCUCCAGCCCCUCCUCCGAGCCGGGCCGGGCCCUUCCCCUCCCCGGUCCGCCAUGGCCAAAGCCUACGACCACCUCUUUAAGCUGCUGCUGAUUGGGGACUCGGGGGUGGGCAAGACGUGUCUCAUUAUCCGCUUCGCCGAGGACAACUUCAACAGCACCUACAUCUCCACCAUCGGAAUUGAUUUCAAGAUCCGCACUGUGGAUAUAGAGGGGAAGAAGAUCAAACUUCAAGUCUGGGACACAGCCGGCCAGGAGCGAUUCAAGACGAUAACUACUGCCUAUUACCGUGGAGCUAUGGGCAUUAUCCUAGUAUAUGACAUCACAGAUGAGAAAUCCUUUGAGAAUAUCCAGAACUGGAUGAAAAGCAUCAAAGAGAAUGCCUCUGUGGGGGUGGAGCGCCUCCUGCUGGGGAACAAGUGUGACAUGGAGGCCAAGAGGAAAGUACAGAAGGAGCAGGCUAACAAGUUGGCCCGAGAACAUGGAAUCCGAUUUUUUGAAACAAGUGCCAAAUCCAGCGUGAAUGUGGAUGAGGCUUUUCGUUCCCUGGCCCGGGACAUCUUGCUCAAGUCAGGUGGCCGGAGAUUGGGAAACAACAACAAGCCCUCCAACCCAGACCUGAAAAUGUGUGACAAGAAGAACGCCAGCAAGUGCUCCCUAGGCUGAAGUCAUUUCCUUGCCUCCCACCCUGAGCCCACAGGCUCAGCCCCGGGGAAGCAGGGCUGAGGUGGGGCUGCAGGGCUGUGGUGGGGCUGCACGGGAGGGAAAUGUUAGUGGAACUCGGAUGGAUAGAUCAGUAGGUGGUAUGGAGAGUGAGAAAAAAAAUGGAAAGGGGGGGAAAAAAGGAAAGCGGGGGCAGAAAGAUGGAAGGGAAAGGAUAAAGUGAAAGAAGGUGGAGACAAGGAGAUGAGAGGGAGGAAAUUUGGGCCCAAGUCUUGGACGCUUCCCUGUUUUUGUUUUUUUUUUUGGUGGGGGGGGAGAAGUGUCAAACAUUAAUGUAAUAUAUUGAUUUAUUGUGUUACUAGAUUCAGAUGUUAGGUUGAGAGAGGCUGGCUCAGCACCAGUCUCUGAAGGUUUGUCACUUCGCAUGGUCUUUCUUAGUAUUAAAGACCACUAUUUGCACAAA